UGACGUGUUUCGACAACAGCACUGUACAGCAGUUGUUGACAGGCACCAGAGUGGAGGGAUUGAGUAGAAAUAAAAUACAUAUUAAUUGGCCUUUUAUAUAUUAAAUACUACAAGUGUGCUGGUAUGUGCGUUCUUAACAGUCGGACAAGCUAGUGAGGAAAACCCUGGAAGACAAAAUAAUUGUCAGAUCUGGCAGUAUUGGGAGUGCCAAAGGGAAGGGCUACGAUGCUGUGCUGGGGUAAUGCUUCCUACGGACAGUUAGGCCUGGGUGGGAUUGACGAAGAGAUUGUGGUUGAGCCACGAAAAUGUGAAUUCUUUCAUGGGAAGCAAGUGUGCGAUGUGGGGUGUGGCCACAGACACACAGCCUUCCUGCUGGAGGAUGGGACAGUAUACACCUGUGGCUGCAAUGACCUAGGGCAGCUGGGACAUGAGAAGUCCAGAAAGAAACCAGAACAGGUUGUGGCCCUGGAUGCACAGAUCAUACUGGCGGUGUCAUGUGGAGAGGCCCAUACGCUCGCCCUGAAUGACAAAGGGAUGGUUUUCUCAUGGGGUCAGGGCUCAGAUGGGCAGUUAGGCCUUAAUAACUUUGAAGAAUGUGUUCGUGUGCCUAGAAACAUCAAGAGUUUGUCAGAUGUACAAAUUGCUCAGGUAGCCUGUGGAUAUUGGCACUCCCAUGCACUUUCAAGAGGGGGCCAAGUCUUCUCUUGGGGCCAGAAUCGAUAUGGACAACUUGGGCUAGGAAUAAACGGACAGAGCAUUCCCACGCCCCAAAUCAUUCAGUCUCUGCAGGGCAUUCCUUUUGCCCAGAUAUCAGCAGGUGGUGCUCACAGCUUUGCCCUCACUCUCUCAGGAGCAGUGUUUGGUUGGGGGUGCAAUAAGUUUGGUCAGCUGGGUCUCAAUGACAGCAAUGAUCGGUCUUUCCCAGCCCUGCUGAAGUCUCUCAGAUCGCAGAGAGUGAUUUACAUCUCCUGUGGAGAAGAUCACACAGCAGCACUGACCAAGGAAGGAGGUGUGUUUACAUUUGGAGCAGGAGGAUACGGGCAACUCGGACAUAACUCUGCAAACCAUGAGAUAAACCCUAGGAAAGUGUUUGAGCUCAUGGGAAAUGUAGUCACACAGAUUGCAUGUGGAAGGCAGCACACGAUUGCUUUCACACCCUCCCGUGAGAAGAUGGACUCAUUUGGGCUCGGUGGUAACGGGCAGCUUGGGACUCGCUCCACUUGCAACAGAAAAAGCCCCGCCCCCGUCAAAGGCCCCUGGGUUUCCUGCAAUUCUCCAACAGAUACAGGUCAUCCCAACCUCCUCUUCUUUCCAAACAUUUAUUUAUUGCCGUCAUUGCAUAACAUUGCAGACUCGGAGCAGGGCUGUUUUGUCAAGAGGAUUUAUGCCGGAGGAGACCAGAGCUUUGCUCACUAUUGCACUGCCAACAAACUCCAGAACAUAGACGACGUGAGGAUACAAGAUCCCUACAGAAGGAUCUGCACCUUGAAUGAGGAUAUUAUACACAAGUGGUGCAACCACUCCCCAGGAAGACUGCCACAAGAAAUCUCCAAUGAGAUUGACCUCGUGUUCUCCUCAGCAAGCUGCCUCAAUGGAUCUUUUCUGUCAAUGAGUCAUCCAGAUCACUACAGUACCAGCAGUAAAUGUUCAGGGGUGGAUAUGAACCAGGCUCGCCUCCUGUUUCACAGACUGGUCCAACGAGAUCACCCUGAGAUCGCUCAGCAGAUUGCUGCCAGUCUGGAGAAGAACCUAAUUCCCAGACUAAGCAACUCUCCUCCAGACAUUGAAGCCCUGAGACUCUACCUCACUCUCCCAGAAUGCCCUCUCUUCAGUGACCGAAAUAAUUACGUGACCAUCGCUAUCCCGUUUGCCAAAUCACUCCUCAGUCUGAAAGAGGCUCCAUUGAAGGUGCUAGGGAACUGGUGGUCUACGUUUGAGCCCCGAGUCUUCCAGCGGCUGGUUGAGUUGUACAAGGGAGUGGUGGUGUAUCUGCUUCAGAUGCACAAGAUGGGCAUUCCUUCGGUAGAGCAGAGAAUUUUCACCUGUUUCCUGGACACGUCCCUCCGACUCCUGGAGAUCCUGCACAUGGUGAGUGAGAGAGCAGGACACAUCAUUCAGUACGAUAAAUUCUACAUCCACGAGUUGGAUGACCUGAUAGACAUCCGAAAUGACUACGUCACAUGGAUUCAGAGGCAGAUGUACCCAAUGGGUCCUGAUGGUGGGGUGACUCUGUGCAGGUAUCCCUUUGUGUUUGACGCCCAAGCAAAGACCACACUGCUUCACACUGAUGCUGUCAUACAGAUGCAGAUGGCAGUGGACCAGGCACAGAUGCAAAACUUCAGCUCCAUGUUCAUGCCAGCGGUGGAAUCCGUCAACCCGUGCCUCAUCCUCAUCGUCCGGAGGGAAAACAUUGUUGGAGACACCAUGGAAGUCCUCAGGAAGUCCAAGAACGUUGACUACAAGAAACCACUCAAGGUGAUCUUCGUGGGAGAAGAGGCCGUCGAUGCAGGAGGUGUGAGAAAGGAGUUCUUCCUCCUGAUCAUGAAAGAGCUGCUGGAUCCAAAAUAUGGGAUGUUUCGUUACUACGAGGAGUCCAGGCUUAUCUGGUUUUCAAACAAGACUUUUGAGGACAUCGACUUGUUUAACCUGAUCGGGAUCAUCUGUGGCCUGGCCAUCUACAACCUCACUAUAGUGGAGCUCAACUUCCCUGUGGCCCUUUACAAGAAGCUCCUGAAGAGGAAGCCGACACUGGAUGACCUGAAAGAGCUAAUGCCAGAUGUGGGAAGGAGUCUGCAGCAGUUACUUGACUACACAGAAGAUGACUUGGAGGAAACCUUCUGCUUGAACUUCACAAUCACAGAGGAAAACUAUGGUGCCACAGAGGUCUUGGAACUAGUACCGAAUGGCGAAGACAUCAAUGUCAAUCAGUCAAACAGGCAAGACUUCGUCAAUGCAUACGUGGACUACGUUUUCAACACAUCAGUGGCCCCGCUGUUUGAGUGCUUCUAUGCAGGCUUCCACAAGGUGUGCGGUGGGAAGGUUCUAGAGCUGUUCCAGCCAAAUGAACUGCAAGCCAUGGUCAUUGGUAACACCAACUAUGACUGGACGGAGCUCGAAAAGAGCACUGAAUACAAAGGGGAGUACUGGGCGGACCAUCCCACCAUCAGGCUCUUCUGGGAGGUGUUCCACAAUCUUCCUUUAGAGAAGAAAAAACAGUUUCUCUUGUUCCUCACAGGAAGUGACCGCAUACCCAUUUUGGGCAUGAAAAGCCUGAAGCUGGUGAUCCAGCCAACCGGUGGCGGGGAGCAUUACUUACCUGUGGCCCACACCUGCUUCAACCUGCUGGACCUGCCCAAGUACAGGAGUCUGGAAACCCUCCGGGAGAAGCUUCUACAGGCUAUAGAUCACAACCAAGGCUUUAAUCUGGCCUGAUGGUCCACAGAAAUGCCUAGACUGUUGAUGGCAACCACAUUACCAAAUGUUUGGUUUCACAGUCUGGAUUCUGCUGUAAGAAUCGAACACUGGGUGAAAAAAACGAGAAGGCCACAUGGCACUAGAACUGAUUAAGAGUUGGAUGUCUAAACUUACAUUGGUAAUUUUGACUUUAAUUUUCCAGCUUUUUUUUUGUUUUUCAGCUUUUUGCCCCUCACAGUAUUUGCUCUAUUACAAGUCAAAUCUUGCUCUUGUAGAUGAUUUUCUUUACGUUUGGAUAGGAGGAGUACGAUGAUGCAAACUACUGGUAUAUAGAGUGCAGGGAAUGCAUACAGCAACGAGAAUACCUGUAAAAUUCAAUGAAAUGCAGUAGCACUACCUUUCUGAAGCUUAUAAUGUAAUGUUAUGGUGAGAUUUUUCUGUUAUGUCCAUCUAUACUGGUGGGGAGAAAAAAAA